GCCUCGCCGCCGCCCAUGGCCGGGACGCGCUGGGUGUUGGGCGCGCUGCUCCGGGGCCGCGGCUGUAGCUGCAGCAGCUGCCAGCGCACGGGGGCCGCCUGCCUGCCCCUGCGCCCCGCUGCGGCCUCCGCCUCCGGCCUGUCGGGCCGCCGCCGGCUCCUGCUGCUGCUGGGGGCGGCGGCCGCGCAGAGCCGGGGCCUGCAAGUGGCGGUGGCCGCCAGCAGCCUGCCCAGCCCGGCCGGGCCCGGGUUCGGGGCCUUGCAGGGCCCGCUGCUGCACCAGGCCCACCCGGGGCGGAGCUACGGCCAGGAUUCAAGUUCUUCAUUUCAAGAUGAGUAUCCUCCACUCUCAGAGUAUGAACCAACUCCAUCCAAGACAGGAGAGGAAGAUGAUGUGUUUCUUAUCCGAGCCCAAGGAUUGCCAUACUCUUGCACUGUUGAAGAUGUGCUUAGCUUUUUUGCUGACUGCAGGAUUCGAAAUGGCGAGAGGGGGAUACACUUCCUUUUAAACAGGGAUGGCAAACGCAGAGGAGAUGCUUUGAUUGAACUAGAGUCACAACAGGAUGUGCAGAAUGCCUUGGAAAAGCACUGGAAAUAUAUGGGACAGCGGUAUGUGGAAGUUUUUGAAAUACACAAUGAAGAUGUAGAUGCCAUAUUGAAGAGUCUGCAGUCCAGUUCAUCAUCCCCUGCAGUUAAUGAUAGAGUUGUACGCCUCAGAGGCCUUCCUUACAGUUGUACUGAAGCAGACAUUUCAGAGUUCUUUGCAGGUUUGGAUAUAGUUGAGAUAACUUUUGUCAUGGAUCAGAGAGGAAGAAGGAAAACGGGAGAAGCUUUUGUGCAGUUUGCAGCACCAGAAAUGGCAAAUCAAGCCUUGUUAAAGCAUAAGGAGGAAAUUGGGAACCGAUAUAUAGAAAUAUUUCCAUUUAGGAGGAGCGAAGUUCGAAGCCAUAGCGGUUUGUACAGGGGGAAGAAGACGAAUACUUAUCCAACUACUAAACUGAUAAAAGAAUCAGAAUCAGUCUUUGAAGAAAAUGAUUUGAAGCAGCCCCUAGGACUGACUGUAGCUCGUGAAAGUGAAAAAGAAAAUGAAUCUUAUAGAGAAGUGAUUGAAAAGCCUCGGGAUGCUUCAGAAUUUGGGAGUACCUCAUCAUCACCGCUGCAUUUUGUCCAUCUGAGAGGUCUGCCUUUCCAAGCUAGUGCCCAAGACAUUGUAAAUUUUUUUGCUCCACUGAAACCUGCAAAAAUCACCAUGGAAUAUAAUUCCAGUGGGAAAGCUACAGGAGAAGCAGAUGUAUAUUUUGAGACUCAUGAAGAUGCAGUUGCUGCUAUGGCCAAGGAUAGGUCAUACGCGCAGCAUAGAUAUAUUGAAUUAUUCCUGAAUUCAUCUCCAAAAAGAAAACAAGAUUGCUAGUGACAGUGGCACAAACCCAAACUAGGAUGAAGCAAGAACUCAUUUGCUUAUCAUUCUUGGAGCUAGAAUGCAGGUGCUCUUGUUCAGUAGCAAAGAAACCACAAGACAUUUUUUCAAAGGCAAUUCAGUCUAUCUAAAAUUAUUCAGUAUGGGUUUGUGUAAUAAAGUGCACAAUAAACGGUG